AUGAGCCACAUUUAGUCACGUUUUUGUCAUAUGGUCGUGUAGACGCAGGCGUUUGCAAAUUUAUUUCAAUUUUAUUUUUUAUGUCGUAGCGGUAUUUACAAUAAAAAGCGUUUUAUUAUUUUAACAUAGUUUUCUGUUUCUACAUAUUUUGAUACCUACCGCUGUACCGUGUAUUACAGUUUAUAUUUGGUUGAAUAUUGGAAUUUAUCUAAGUCAUUGUUUCUGACAAUCCCAAUGGAAGACGGUUCCACUCAAAUGGCAGAUUUACCUCCAGCUGAAGAUGAUAGCUUAGACGAUUUCUUUGCAAAAAAAGACAAAGGGAAGAAAGGAAAGAAAAAGAAAACAAAAUACAUCGCAACCGAAGCUCUAGCAAAAACAUUAGAAAAAAUCAAUGCGGGAGUUGAAGAAGAAGAAAGUAAAGCUCCUAAAAAAGAAAAAGAAACUUCAGAUGGAAUGAAAGGAGUAAACAACAAUGUAGAUGGUGAAGAAUGGCAUGAAUAUGAAGAUGAAUCUGAACGAGAUUACAGUGAUUUGAAGAUUCAAAAUUUUCAAAUAAGUGAACAACAAGAAAUUGUACCAGAGCCUGAACCACAAUAUAAUGAUGAAGGUGAAUUAAUACCCCCUAAAGAAGCAGAAGGUCCCUGGAAAAAUGUUACCAAAGAAACUAGUCAAAGUCCAGCGCCUGAACCUGCACCAAUGAGAAAACCAGAACCAACAUCAGAACCUGCAGUAACAAAGUCAGUAUAUAGACCUCCACAUAGCAGAAUGACUCCAAGUUCUGGAGGUACACCAAGUAGUGGUAUACAACCUGGUUCAGGAAGGAGAAGACGACCGCAAGAAGCUCCAGUUAUAAAUAGUGAAAUAGAUUUUCCAUCAUUAGCAUCUGCUGUUCAAGAUACAGAGCAUCACGUAGGUUUUGAAACCGUUAAAUCAGGAGCAAAAUCAAUAUCACGGAGCCAACAGCAACAGCAAAAUUCAUCACAAUCGGCUGGUUUGACACUCGGAAAUCAAUUUGCAGCUUUGAGAGACUAGACUUAUCUUUGUUCCGAAGUAAAUAAGUGACACUGUACUGUGACAUGUCGGGAGUUGUGAUGCUCAAUGCCUGUGCACUCACCAUCCAUCAGUAUUGCAUUUCACUUUACUGCUCGAUUAUGCUCUCUGCUAUGGGCUUGAUUGUUGACUAUUGUUUUUGUCACUGACAUGACUAACGAAAAAGUCUGAAUUCUAUAAUAGAAAUGUUUAUGGUGAAUUGCAAUCUUUGGCUCAUAUGAUGAAGUAAUAUAUUCAGCAACUGCGCACCUUUUCAUUAUGAAAAUGACUGGCUAUAAUAUUGUUCUUGAUAUAUCAUUGUUACUAUGAAAUACAAGCUUAGGAGUAAAAAUUAGAUCAGCUUGACCGAUCGUUUUCUAUUUUGGAAUCUUUGCGUAUUGUUCAAUGAAUAGCUUUGAUGUUAUCUUAUAUUUUGUGGGUAAUUGAAGAAUUUCACUACAAGGCAACUUUUCAUGUCAUUGGCGGUGCCAGGAUGCCCAAAUGCUCACAAGUGAUCAAAUUGUAUUAUAUUGCUUUUCGAGAUUUGUUCAACAUUUAAGGUGAUCUUGUUAAAUUUGCAUGAACAAGAUUCUACUAUUGCAGAUAUGCGGUUUUGCGUAAUACCAGGAUAUCAUCUGCACCUUGUCCCUUUGACCAUGAAAAAUAGGGAAUUCAUUGGUUUUUGGGUUAUGAUUUUUACAGAAUAAUGACGACUGUUAACAGUAAAAAUCUAGAAUUUGUGAAGGCUGUACAGCAGCAGAAUAUACCUCUCUAUGGAGAAUAAUACACGCCAAAUACCCUCCUUUAUUACUGUUUGUAGAAUUUUCUACCAGCCUCAAAAUGCACUCGAUAUGUGCUGUUAAAAAUGUACAAUUAAUGAAUUCUGGAAACUUCUAAGUUGUUUUGUGUUCAGAUCUGCAUUAGAUGAAUUAUAGCAGAAGUUUGAAGUCUCGUUGAUAUAUUUUAUGUGCACAAGAAAUGAGCAUAAUCUACUUUAAGUGCACUAUAUGGUUGUGGUUUGUUCGGAAUAAAGGUUGAGGCAUUUGCAGUA